AUGGGGAACUCUCUGCUGAGGGAAAACAGGUUUGGGUGGCAGCAGAUCUCUCAUGAGACACCCUGGAAUCUGAGAAAUCAAAGCCCCAAACAGAGAACAUCCAGAUGCUGGGACUGCCACAUCGCUGACGGGUGUUUCUGCCUUCCGUGGAAAAAAAUGCACAUUUUUAAAGUGAGACAAGACUCCCCAAAGCAAAAUGAAGAAACAUCAUCUGCUCCCAUCCAGCAGGAGAAUGCUGACCAGGGCUCCUCGGAGGAUCUGUGCUACACCCUCAUCAACCACAGCGUCCUCGGGAAAAGGCCAUCAGGGAACGCUGCUGAGGAGUGCUAUGAGAACGUUUCCUUCAAGGCUGAGAGACCCAGAGAGUCGCUGGGCGGAGACGGGACUGAGUAUUCGCUUCUUCGUGUGCCUUCCGCCCCUAGGCGUCCGUCCUCCCCAGAAGAUGAAUAUAAACUUCUCAUGCCCAGUAGAAUCUUCUCUGACUCCCUGAUAUAG